AUGCCGACCAUAACAGCCAAAGAUGUCGUCUUUCACUAUACUGAUAGUGGGUUGCCUACACAGUGCGAAGAAUAUUCGACAUUGUUUGUGAUCCACGGGCACUCGUUUCACAGCGGUAAGUCUGGCAUCCUAUGGUAUAGUCUAGGUCUCAACCCUCUAUGCUUGCGCCUAGGUAUAUUUAGCACAUUAUUCCCAGUGGCCAGCAAAGAAUCACUGCGCGUAAUAUGUCUCGAUCGAAGAGAGUACCAGGGAUCAACUCCCUACACAGCUGAAGAGCUCAGAAUUAUUCACGAGGGGACAGAUGCCGAACGUUUAGACCUUUUAACUUUUGAGGGUGUUUACCUUGCACUUGGUAUCGAAGGACUUAUUCGAGAACUCGAUCUUCCUCCCGGAAGCGGCGGUGGGUUGGUGGGUUGGUCAAUGGGAAAUAUGUUCAGUCUGGCAGUGAUCAAUGCAAUUAAUCACCGAGCCAUACCUGAGGAUGUAAGGUCCAGAUUGAAGAAUCUGGAAGGUACCCAGUUGUUGACGUACAUUGCAGAUCCACCUUUUCAAGUUCUAGGACUCGACAGCCCACCAGAAUAUUAUUCACCGCUCUGGGACGACGACAUACCUGAGGGUGAUCGAGGGUCUGCCUUCGCCCACUGGAUCUCAAGCUACUUCAAUCAUGACAUGGAGGCAUUAGCGCAAAGAGACCCUUCUAAGCUCAAUAAGCGACAUCCUUCAUCCAAAAAGCCCACAGCAGAGAGGAUGACCAUCGAUGAACUUGUCGCAGUAACCGAUUUCCGUCCGGGGCCUAAGUGCGAUACUGCUUUUGGUGGGCCGGGGUACCAUACAGCCCAGAGGUUAAAUUACCAGAACGCAUUAUUCGGCGCUGCUCCAAACAGCAGAAAUUGGCACUUGCGCAAUGUCGUUCAUCUGUAUGGUGUAGAGAGUGCUUGGAGUAUAAUCUAUACCGUCUGGGUUCUAGAAGACGAGGACAAAACCACCAAAAGGAUCGAAUUCAAAGCAAUCCAAGGCGUCAAUCAUUUUAUGAUGUGGGACGAGCCUGAGAUCACUGUUUCCGUCUUGAAGGAGUGUAUGGUUUAA